AUGCGGAAGCCAAACGCAUACACCCGACAUGCAGCCGGCCUGCCGACGGCGCUCGUCUCGCCGCAGCCCAUGUCGCCGCGCUCUGCGGCGUUGCACCAUGGCGGUCCAGGCGGCGCCUUUGCCGGCUUGUUUGGCGGCGGGCGGCGGGGCGCGAUCAUUGCUGACGCCGUUGCCGUGCUUGGCGCGCUGUGGGCGCUGCUGGCGACGGCCUACGUGAUGCACCAGCUGUGGCCCAGCGGUGGGGGCAGUGCCAUGGACCAGGCGUACGCGCUGGAACCGGUGCUCAUAUCCUACUCGUACUUUGAAAAGGAUCCUGUGCAGGUGGCAAACUUUGAAUUUUUCCUUGCGGCGGGGACGCAGCACCCACCGCGGCACACUGACAUGCACUGGGCCAUCGUUGUCAGCGGCGAGAACUGCUCCCCCUGCCAGGGGCUGUACGGCAUCCUCAGGAACCGUGAAACGGCUGACCUGAGGGAUUGGGGCAUCAAGGAGGCGUGGCAUGACCCAAAAUUCAGCCUCAUCCUGCGCAGUGACAACGUGGGCAUGGACCUGGGCGCGCACAACGCCACCCUGGAGUAUUUCAGCUACCUGCGGCUGCUGGGGCGCUACAAGUACUUUGUCUUCCUGAACAGCAGCGUCAAGGGCCCCUUCUACCCGCCCUGGGUGCCGCCAGGGUGGCACUGGACCCACGCCUACCUGGCACGCAUGGGACGCGAAGUGCAUGCGGUCGGCUCGUCACUGGUCUGCCUGCCAGAGGCGGACGCAGGGGGCCCUGGUCCCCGCCUUGAGUCAUGGGCGUUUGCGCUGGACCAGGACGGACUGGGGGCGGCGCUGGAGGCCGGGGUGUUCGUCACGCGCACCUGCAAGCUGUGCACCGAUGGUGACCAGGGCAUUGUGGUGGGGGGAGAGUACCGCCUCACACAGGCGCAGUUUGAGGAGGGCUACAACGUGGCCACACUCAUGGCCAGGUACGCACCCGGCACUGACUGGCGUGACGAGGCCAACUGGGGCUGCAACGACAACGUGCACCCCUCCAGGGCAGGGACGUACGGCGGCAUCUCGUUCCACCCCUACGAGACGGUGUUUGUCAAGUCCAGCUGGCACGUGGCGGACCCCUACACCAAGCGCUACAGCCAGUGGGCCCUGCAGCACCUGCUUGGGAAACCUGGGACUGAGGGCCAGUUUAACGAGAAGCUGUACGCCAUCAGUGAAGAGGCGCAGCGCCCGCGGGACUUGGAGGAGGCGUACCACCCAAAGCUGAAGACUGGGGCAGUGCGAUAG